AUGCAUUUUGUAACUAUUUUUCAGGAUGAAAAGAAUCAAGUCUUAACAACGAAUGUAUGGUUAGAUCAGGAAUGGAUGGACGACUAUUUGAGUUGGAAUCCUGAAGAGUAUGGGAAUUUGACCAAGAUAAGAAUUCCUUGUGAGAAGAUAUGGCUGCCAGACAUUGUCUUAUACAAUAAUGCUGAUGACUAUACCCGUGGCUACAUGAACUCCCGAGCGAUGUUGGAGCCAAGUGGCAACGUGUUCUGGCCACCGCCCACUAAACUGCGAAGCACCUGUCCAGUGGACGUUACCUACUUCCCUUUCGAUGAUCAGACGUGCAUCAUGAAGAUGGGGUCUUGGAUUUAUGACGGCCUGCAAGUGGACGUCAUGAACAGGACGUCUGAAGUAGACCUGUCCAACUAUGUGCCUAACGGUGAGUGGGAACUGCUGGACGCCCGGAUAGUCCGGAACGUGGUCUACUACUCCUGUUGCAGGGAGCCCUUCCCCGACGUCACCAUCACGUUGGUGAUCCGACGGAAGACUCUUUACUACAUGUACAACGUGGUAAUGCCUUGCAUGAUGAUGUCAGUUCUCACGUUGCUCGUGUUCUGCCUACCACCAGAUUCAGGAGAGAAGAUAGCUUUGGGAGUGACGGUCCUACUGGCAUUUUCUGUCUUCAUGUUGGCAAUAGCUGAGAAAAUGCCGGAGACAUCAGAAUCCAUUCCUCUGCUGGGUAAGACAUUUCCUCUCUCCAGAAAUAUUCCAUUUUUAAUGUGCGGAUGAUGUAAUAUUAUUAUGUGAAA